AGCUCCACUCAGAUUCUAUUCCCCUCCUCCUCUACACCCCCGCCAUUCGGUGACUAAGAACUGCUGCAGGCAGACAAAUCUCAGAGCAGUUUUUAAGAGACUGGAAGGAGACAUUAGAGAUUUCAGCUCCUACAACCCAAGCUCUGGGUCUGCCUUGGAUACAGGACAGCACAGAAUCAGUGCCCAAGAAGGGACUUCUGGGGCAUGGGGCUCAAGACACCCACACAACUCUCUGUGAAAUGGCAAGUGCUCUGCAUGUUGUCCUUGUGCUGUUGGGGAUGGGUUUCUGGGCAGCUUCACUACUCAGUGGUGGAAGAGUCUGAGCCGGGGACUCUGGUGGGGAAUGUUGCUGAGGAUCUAGGCUUAAAGAUGACAGAUCUGUUGAGCCGCCGACUGAGGUUGGGCUCUGAGAAUGAGCCCUAUUUUUCUCUGAGCUUGAUGAGUGGUGCUCUGGCAGUGAAUCAAAAGAUUGACCGAGAGAGCUUGUGUGGAGCCAGCACCAGCUGCGUGCUGCCAGUGCAGGUGGUCACUGAACACCCCCUGGAACUCAUACGUGUAGAGAUCGAGAUCCUGGAUCUCAAUGACAACGCUCCUAGUUUUGCCACCCCCGAACGAGAGAUACGCAUCUCAGAAUCAGCAGCAGUUGGAGCAAGGUUUCCACUGGAUAGUGCCCAAGAUCCAGAUGUGGGCACCAAUACUGUGAGCUUCUACACUUUAAGCCCUGGUAACCAUUUCUCUCUAUAUGUGAAAACCCUAAAAGAUGGAAAGCUGUUCCCUGAACUGGUGUUAGAGCAGCAGCUGGACCGUGAAGUGCAGGCAAGACAUCAGUUGAUACUUACUGCUGUGGAUGGGGGUACCCCAGCCCGCUCAGGCACCACUAUUAUCUCUGUCAUCGUAUUGGAUAUCAAUGAUAAUGCCCCCAUCUUCCAGUCCUCAGUUCUGCGUGUGGGACUCCCAGAGAAUGCACCCAUAGGUACAUUGCUGCUCAGCCUCAAUGCUACUGAUGCAGAUGAGGGCACCAAUGGCCAACUAGUCUAUUCUUUUGGAGAUCAUACAUCUGAGGCAGUGCGCAAUCUCUUUGGCUUGGACUCUCUUAGUGGCGCCAUCCGUGUGUUGGGUCUCAUAGACUUUGAGGAAUCAAGUUUCUAUGAAAUUCAUGCAAGAGCCCGUGACCAAGGACAGCCAGCCAUGGAAGGCCACUGUGUGAUUCAAGUGGAUGUGGGGGAUGUCAAUGACAAUGCCCCAGAGGUACUACUGACCUCCCUGGUGAACCCCGUCCUGGAGAACACAUCAGUGGGCACGGUAGUGGGACUGUUCAAUGUGCGUGACCGAGACUCGGGAAGAAAUGGUGAAGUAAGUCUCAAUAUCUCUCCAGAUCUGCCGUUUCAGAUCAAACCUUCUGAGAAUCACUACUCACUCCUAACCAGCCAGCCCUUGGAUCGGGAGGUCAGAUCUCACUAUACCAUUGAGCUUCUGGCCAGUGAUAGGGGCUCACCUCCACUGCAAACUCAUCUCACCAUCAAGCUCAACAUUUCAGAUGUAAACGACAAUGCACCCAACUUCAGCCAGCAGCUUUACACGGCUUAUAUUCCAGAAAACCGACCUCCAGGCUCCCUUCUCUGCACUGUGGCUGCUUCAGAUCCAGAUAUCGGGGAUAAUGCCCACCUCAUCUAUUCCAUUGUAGGAAAUCAGAUUCAGGGAGCCCCAGCCUCCUCCUACGUGUAUGUCAACCCUGAGGAUGGGCGUGUCUUUGCUCAGCGAACCUUCGACUACGAACUGCUGCAAAUGCUGCAGAUCAUGGUGGGGGUUCGAGACUCUGGCUCGCCCCCACUACAUGCCAACGCAUCUCUACAAGUAUUUGUCCUGGACCAGAAUGAUAAUGCCCCCUCAGUGCUGCAUCCGAGACCAGGCCAGGAAUUCUCAGUCCCACAGCGUCUCCGUCGCUCAACUCCUCCUGGCUCUUUGGUCACCAAAGUGACAGCUGUGGAUGCUGAUGCAGGCCACAAUGCAUGGCUCUCCUAUUCACUAUUGCCCCAGUCCACAGCUCAGGGGCUGUUCCUGGUGUCUGCACAUACUGGGGAGGUACGAACAGCACGAGCCUUACUGGAGGAGGAUGCUGACACCCAGCAGGUGGUAGUUUUGGUGAAGGAUAACGGUGACCCAUCCCUCUCUUCCACAGCCACCGUGCUGCUGGUUCUGGAGGAUGAAGACCUGGAGGAGAUGCCCAAAUCCAGCGAUUUCCUUGCACAGCCACCAGAGCGCUCAGACCUUACACUUUACCUCAUUGUGGCUCUGGCAACUGUCAGUCUCUUAUCCUUAGUCACCUUCACCUUUUUGUCAGCUAAGUGCCUUGCAGGACAGGACAGUGGGGACGGGGGUGGGGGCCCAUGCUGCGGGCACCAGGAGUCACCCUCUCGGGAAUUCUAUAAACAGUCAGGUCCCAACUUGCAAGUGAGCUCGGAUGGCACGCUCAAGUACAUGGAGGUGACGCUGAGGCCCACAAACUCACAGAGCCAUUGCUACAGGACGUGCUUUUCACAAGCCUCGGAUGGCAGUGACUUCACUUUUCUCAGGCCACUCAGCGUCCAGCAGCCUGCUACGGUGGCACUGGAGCCUGAUGCCUUCAGGUCCCGUUCUAACACCUUGCGGGAGCCAAGCCAGCAAGCCCCGCCCAACACUGACUGGCGUUUCUCGCAAGGGCAGAGACCAGGCACCAGCAGCUCCCAAAAUGGUGACGAGACUGGCACUUGGCCCAACAACCAGUUUGACACAGAGAUGCUACAGGCCAUGAUCUUGGCUUCCGCCAGUGAAGCUGCUGAUGGAAGCUCUACCCUGGGAGGCGGCGCUGGCACCAUGGGCCUGAGCGCCCGCUAUGGGCCCCAGUUCACCCUGCAGCACGUGCCUGACUACCGCCAGAACGUCUACAUCCCAGGCAGCAAUGCCACUCUGACCAGUGCUGCUGGCAAGCGGGAUGCCAAAGCCCCAGCAGGCGGCAACGGCAACAAGAAAAAGUCGGGAAAGAAGGAAAAGAAGUAACAUGGAGGCCAGGCCCAGGCCUGGGCAGCUCUGUCCCCAGCCAGCCCAGCCUCUCCCUGCCCACACCCAGGCCUUGGGAUUUCCAGGGCUGGCCCCAGGAUAUUGGUUGGGGCCACAGCUAUUCUUCUCUUGGGAAACAAACAAGUGCCCAGUCAACACCCCCCUCUCUGCCCCCAGGGGAUUGAAUAUGCAAAGGGAGUUCUGCUGGGAACCCCCAUCCAAUCCACCCCGUGCGCAUGGGGGUAGUAGGGUUAGUGUAGACACCAGGAACCAUUUAUCACACUUCCUUUAGUUAGAACUGAACGCCUCUGUUUUCUAAAUUCAGUCAGGACCAUCCACCACUCUCCCCACCUGCUCUCCCACCCAACCUCCAGCAGCUCCUCUUUCUCCCCCAAUAAGGUAGUUGGGGU